GUUUCCGUCACUUUGACUUGCGAUUCGUAAGCGCGGAGUACACGCUUUUUGUUAUCGACUUUUUGCAGAACAUCAUCAAUAUAUCUUUCCAAACUAUUGAUUGAUAUAGACAUAUAUAGUAAAUACAGGCAGAUGUGGAUUUCGGGGUGAAGUACAAGGUGUACUUGUAGAGGUUAAACUCAGAAGUUUCACUCGAGGCCCAGCGCUCCGAAAAGUUUGUUGUUGUCACGUGACUCAACACGAAUGUGGCGAUAAAAGUUACAGAUUGUAGAGCUACGUUCCGCAUUACUUUUUAUUAUCAAACUCCUUCGUUGUUUUUUCAUCGCAAUGCCUCAGCCCAAGUAUAGAAAAAUCGCUGUGAUAGGAUACAGGUCUGUAGGAAAAUCCUCUCUGACAAUACAGUUUGUGGAAGGACAGUUUGUUGACUCAUAUGAUCCAACUAUUGAAAACACCUUUAAUAAACUCGUCAAUGUACAUGGUCAAGACUUUAAUCUUCAACUGGUUGACACGGCUGGACAAGAUGAAUACUCAAUUUUCCCACAGUCUCACUCAAUGGACAUUCAUGGCUAUGUCCUUGUUUAUUCUGUGACUUCAAUGAAAAGUUUUGAGGUUGUUCAGUCACUACAUGACAAGCUGCUAGACAUGGUUGGAAAAAUUCAAGUUCCAACCGUCCUUGUUGGGAACAAAAAAGACCUACACAUGGAAAGAGUAAUCAAACCUGAGGAGGGAAAGAAACUUGCUGAUUCAUGGGGAGCUGCUUUUAUGGAAUCAUCGGCCAAGGAAAAUGAGACUGCAGUGGAGGUUUUCAAACGGAUUAUUUUAGAGAUGGAGAAGGCGGAUGGAAACGCGCCCCCAGAGGAGAAGAAGUGCAUCGUCAUGUAAAUGCCCAAAUCCUCAGGUUCAUUUCUGUUGGAGACAAGAGACACAACGUCACUGCAAUAUCUGACCUCACAGACCCCCAAAUGCUGCAGAAAACUAUGCUACAUCCUCUCCGUUCUAAGAAAUCCUUUAAAUUGUCACAAUUAAGUAAAUAAUUGUUUUGUAGUGAAACAAACCAAACGGGUUUAGAAAAUGUUAGGUUAGGAAUUUUGAUUACCAGCCAAGCAUUUGUCCACAUGCCAUACAUAUUAAAACAAAGCAAAUGAAUCUGAAUUUUGACAGUGAUAUGGAGUCACAUUGCAUAAAUGUGUUUAUAAAAUGUCACUGAUAUUACCAGCACAUUUUUGAUGCUGUAUUUUGACAAACAUAAAAAGUCCUAUUCCCAUAAUUAUUGUUUAUUAAAUGUAAAAUGUUCUUAGUUGGUAGACAGCCUUAAAGGUAUAGAAUUAAAUAUUCCUUUAUAGCAAAUGGCUAUGAGGAAAAUAUGGUGUUGUAGAUGGUGCUACCUUGAUGUGUGGUAAUGGUGUGCUAUUUUCUUAUUACAGUGAUAUUCACUAGCCACUGUUUUAUGUACACCUGUUCAUAUGACUUGUAAAAUGUAAAGAUGUGCGUUUGAUGGUUGAUAGUAUUUUAGAAUCUGUAGAGCCAGACAACCAUCACAAGAGAAGGGUUUUGGAAAAACACAAUUUCAGCUGCAGUUUUAAUUGCAGUGUUAAUUGCAAUUUUCAGGUGUGUCUUUAAGAUUCAGAAUUAUUUUCAAGAUUCAGUUCACAGUGCAGAUUUUAAACAUACCCAGGACAUAUUUACUGCUGUGCUGAACAAAGUUUAGUUUUCUGCACUGGACAAUGUUGGAAUUACACUUUUAGUACUUUUAGUUGCAGUUAAUCUUGCUACAUUAUUGUCACUCAUUUCUUCUCCAUUUUCAACUGUUAUGUGAUUUGUUCAAUUGUUUACACAAGAGCAUUGUAACAGGUAUACCUAUUAUUGUGGCCAGUGAGAUUUUGACCACCACAUUGACGACUGUGGAGUGCCAAUAUACCACAGUUAAUUUUAUCCAAAAAUUCGUUCACAUAAACCAAACCAAUUUAAUCUGUAGAUUUGUAUUUUGUGGAUUCGACAUUUGGCUGUUAAAAGUAUGGAAAUCAAUUGUUUUUUUCUUGGUUAGCUAUAAGAGACGACUGGAUUUGAAUUCUGUUGUACCUCUAAAGGGUAAAUUUUUUUUGCUUUGCUGAUUUAAUAUUUGAUUGGUGAAUGAUUACUGGUGGUUGAAACAGAGGCUGGUGGGUUGUGUCUUGUGCCUUACAGGUCCUUAUAAUUAGUUCCUUCACAAUUUAAGGUGCCCUCAAAGUAUUUUUAUUUUUUUUUCCUUUCCUCUUCUGUUCAUGACAUUUGGUCUCAUAGGAUAGGUAGACAUGUUUGUGCUUUUAUCACAAACAUUAAAUCCUGUGUCGGUCAAUGUUUAUGCAGAAAUCUUGCUGUAAACAGUUUUGUAUAUAAAUAAAAUUGUUACUCAUUUUA